AUGGCGGCCCGCUGGAUUUCCAAACUUCCGGCCCUCACCGCGGGACGGCGCUCCUUCAGUGCAGUCGCACUUCGCGAGAUCGCCCCCUCCGUCUGGCGCCUGGGAGAAGGGCGGCCUCGUGUAGCAGUGCUGGGUGGCGUGCAUGGGAACGAGCUUAGCGGCGUGGAGGUGGUGCAACGCCUCCUUUCGGACUUCCGCCACAUGACGCCGGACCUGCAGAUCUCAGGGGAGAUCACGCUGGCCAUCGGGAAUCCUCCAGCAGUGAGCCGAGGGGUGCGGUUUCUUCAUCAGGAUCUCAACCGCUGCUUCUGCGAGGCGCUUGGUGGGGACGCCACGCCGGGCGAGGAGCUGGCGCGCGCCAAGGUGCUGAUGCCUAUGCUCCGAGACUUGGAUGUGCUGCUGGACCUCCAUGCGACAAAUAAGCCAUCCACCCCCUUCGCACGGCUGCCAGGCCCAGUAGAAGGUCGCAAGGAGCGCUUCGCCUCGGCGGAAAGGCUCUUCUUGCGCGCAUUGCCUUGCCAUACGGUGCUGUGGGAUCCGAACAAGUUGAUCGCGGGCGGUGCCAUGUCAGAUGAAUAUGCCUCGCAACAUGCACCUUUUGAAGCGUGCCAAAGGAGUGGACGGCAGAUUCAUCCGGCCCAUAUCUGCUACGAGUCUGGCCUUGCAUCCGACAAGAGUUCUGCUGCAGCGAUAUACAGCGCCGUGCAAACGUGCUUUGCAGAGUUGGGCAUCGUGGCGCACCCUGACGGCAAAGCCAGCGUCGAAGAUGAAGGUGGACGCCAGUGGGAGCACUUCGAGAUCACGAACGUUUACAAGUUGGAUAGCAGAGGCUUUGAGUGGAUGAACGGCUAUGGCACGCACAACUUCCAGGUUGUGCCUCCAGAAACCGCCUUCGGCCGGCGCCUCGAACCACUUGAGGAGCUGGUUUCGCCGAUUGGCCAUGAGUCUUACAUCGUCUUCCCAAAAGGCGAAGCUCUACGAUCGCCAGGCUGGCCUGUCGGCUGGCUGGCCCGGAAGCUGUCCCCUGAAGAGGUCUGA